AUGACCCAAACCCUGCGGAUGCCAUUCCGCCCCGUCAGCGGACAUACGCAGCGGGAGAUAGAGACUCCUGCAGAAGACGCCGUGGCGGAACGAAGCCCUCGUUCACCCGCCCCCAUAACAACCCCAUCCAGCGCCGACUACCCAUCCAGCACGCCACACCCUCGACCUCCUUCCAGCACUGACAUCUCUGCACCAUCCUCGACCGGAGCUGCGGCCUCCCAGCACCACAGCGCCGACCCAACCGUGCCACGCCCCAGCUCAGACGCCCCGAGACACGGAGCUCGUGCCUCGACGACCGACUCCGGCACCCGCCAGGUGCUUGGCCGGAGACGACGGGUCGACGCCGACGACGGCUCCGCCCAGCUCCCUGAAGGAGCCUCGAGCUCCCCUGCCACGCACCAUCCGACCGACUCGCGAGCAUCCAAACGUACGCGCACAGGCAGCAUGUCAGCUGACGGCGAUGGAGAGGCAAGUUCAAACGGGACAACCAGGGCGGUUACCACCGAACCUCGGGCACCACAACGAUCCUUCGCUGCGCCGUCGACUAAUGGAACACACAAGGCUGCUAGUUCGUCGGUGAAUGGCUCCUCGGUGCAGAAUGGGAAGGCCGCGGCACGGGGCCCUCCUCUUGACUAUAUAGGCCAUGACAGGGAGGAGGUGACGCGCCUCAUGAUCCAGGCCCUCUCCGAGAUGGGUUAUCAGUCGGCCGCCGAGAAUCUAAGCAGGGAGAGCGGGUAUGAGCUGGAGAGCCCUACGGUAGCGGCCUUCAGGUCGGCAGUAUUGAACGGGAAGUGGACCGAGGCGGAGCAGCUGCUGUUCGGAGCUGCUACUGCUGGUGAUGGCGCAAGCCGGGCUGGGAACGGCCUUGUCCUGGCAGAGGGAGUCGACCGCGACGAUAUGAGGUUCCGCAUACGGCAACAAAAGUUCCUGGAGCUACUUGAGCAAGGGGACUACAGGCCGGCUCUCACCGUACUCCGAAACGAAUUGACACCUCUGAAUCGCAACGGUGCCGAAUCUCUUUCCCCCUUGAUUAUGUGUCGGACACCAGACGACGUCAAGGCGAAGGCGGCAUGGGAUGGUGCCCAGGGUGAAUCCAGGCAUACCUUGCUAUCCCAACUCUCCAGAUGCAUAUCGCCAUCCGUCAUGUUACCUGAACACCGUUUAGCAGUUCUCUUGCAGCAGUUCAAAGACCAGCAAGCCGAGAGCUGCAUAUGGCACACAAGCUCAUCCUCGCCAUCUUUAUACUCGGAUCACACCUGUGAUCGUAGCCGCUUCCCCACGGAAGCCAUCACCGAGUUCCGAGAACCGAGUAUGGAAGCGGACGGAGAGGUCUGGCAAGGCGGCGUCGGUAACCUCGCGUGGAGUCCGGAUGAUACGAUGCUUGUGACCUGCGGACGGGAUGGCUAUGCUCGGAUAUGGGACAUGAACACUGGGAAGGAGAUACGACACCUCGAACAUUUCUCAGAGCCGAUCAGCAGCUGCGUGUGGGCUCUUGAUGGCCGCUCUUUUGUUUUGGGUGCGUUUGACAGAGAGCGCUCAUUAUGCACGUGGAAUAUAAAAGGCGAGAAGCUUCAUACCUGGAGCAAAAAGAACCGCACAGAGGACCUGGCCCUCUCGCCUGACGGCCGCUGGCUGGUGGCCAUGGAUGACGAGGACCACGUACAUGUCUACGACUUUGUCACGAGGAGCCUGAAAUACGACAUGGAGCUGCCUAGUAGACCCACGUCCGUGAGCAUCACCAAGGACUCCAAGUAUCUUCUGGUCAACAAACAGGAUGGUGAGGCAAGGGUAUUCGACAUCGCCAGCAGAACAUUCGUGCAGAAAUACAAAGGCCAUAGCGGUGGCGAAUUUCUCAUUAGAAGCGAUUUCGGUGGCGCCAACGAGAAUUUUGUCAUCAGUGGUUCUGAAGAUGGAUCCGUGUUCAUCUGGCACAAGAACAGUGGACAUUCGGUCGCGAAGCUAGAGGCCCACCGGCCGCGGUGCAACGCAGUGGCCUGGAGUCCUACUGACCCAUGUCUGCUGGCAUCCUGUGGUGAUGAUGGCUUAGUCAAAAUCCCGAAUUUCGGAACCCGAGGCGUCUACUUGGUUGACGAAUGGUUCCGCUCGAUAUGGACUGAUGACUCGUGGGCUAAACUCCGUCGAGACAUCUUUUCUCGGUACCUAUGGCAAGAAGCUUACCAACGCCCGGAUUCUGCGGGCCAGGACAGCCCCUGA